CUACGCAUAGGCAUCGCCAGUGACAUGGAACCACCGGGGCCAUCAAUCACCCGUCUAAAUCUCACCGCUAAACCAACGCUGUCGGCUCCCCGCCCAUGAUCAAGAUGUAUACCUGGGUGCAUGGUGGGGACUUAUCUUACGUGGCUCAAAUCUGUCAUGAUUAUCGGUCAGAGAAUCCUGAAAUUUUGUAUCCCGCGACCUCCGAACGUACUCUGGCUGUUGUGAGACGACUGCUCUCAGUGACAGGCGUGUGUAUCCAUCGGUGAAGUUUGUUCGAUGCAUGUGUGGGUGCAUUGUUUAAGCUGCAGAGCCCAUUUUAAUGUAAUGUAAUUCGUACAGAUCGAUGCGUGCGGUCUUCAAAUAGUGUAUUAUCCUCUGGGCACGUGAUAUUCAAAGUACUUGCUAAUGUUUUCAAAAUUGCUUUUAAAAACAAAACAAAUUCUAUAUUUGACAGAGGGAUUCUACGAGGACAACACCAGAGAAUUGAUGACUUCAACUGAAUAAUUUGUUUCUCAUUGGAUAUACGUAAUAGUAUCUCGAUUCCUUAAAAAUCUUGGACACGAAUCGCUCAAAACAAAGUGUAUUUUGCUCUUAAACGAUAAAGUAUUAAAUUUUAUUCUUUGGACACGAUUCAAUUACAACAAAUCAGUCGCCAUUUUGAAAACGGUUGCAAGGUCAUGGUCAUCCAAAUCUAUAAUUAAACGUUUGUUUUGAAUUUUCUUCUGGAACAAUAUAAUAGGCAAUCCCUAAAUCUUAAAUUAUAGCAGAAGACGAUUAGGUAAAAAUCAUGGAUUUGAUGAGACAUUUUAACUGAUUCGUUAUCACACAACGCCAUUUGGGUGCAGGUUAUUACAAAAAGGAAAACCACUUCCUGCGUCAAAAAACUUCUUGCAUGAUUCCGUCAUCACCUGACAUUUGUUUUUUAAAAUGGUGACGCAUCAAGUAGCGAAUGCCAAGUCAAGAGUACUUGUGGCAUUCUUAAUUCUGAAUGCGAUGCUUCAAGCGGUUGCUGACAUUCCUACAUGUAAGUAGAAGUAGAGGCGUUUUGGUUACACUCCCAUGUGUAAGUAAAAAAUAUUGACCUCUCACUAAAAAUCCCAUUAAAUGUUAGGACUAUAGACCUUUCGCAAAAAAUCCCAUUAAAUGUUAGGACUAUAGACCUUUCGAAAAAAAUCCCAUUAAAUGUUAGGACUAUAGACCUUCGCAAAAAAUCCCAUUAAAUGUUAGGACUAUAGACAUUUCGCAAAAAAUCCCAUUAAAUGUUAGUAGAACUACAGACAUUUCGCUAAAAUUCCAUUAAAUGUUAGGACUAUAGACCUUUCGCUAACAUUACAGUGUAGUGUAAGUAGAUUUCUUUGAGUAUGAAAAUUUAGCUGUACCAGAUUCCGAGCAGAUCCCCCCCCCCCCCAAAAAAAAAAAAAAAAAAACAACAAGUAAGUGGGAAAGAUGGCUUUUUAAUGUCAUAAAUAUCAUCCACUAUAAUCACGAAUGAUAAUUCUCUCGGUACGAAAGUAUUUCUGUAACGCUGUAUUCAAUAGGCACGCAAAAUAAAAUUCCCAGAAGUUAGUAAAAAUUGGGACUCUUCAUAAGGUGCAUUACUUGAAUGGCUGUUUUUUUUUUUUUUUCAAAGUAACUAUAGUAGAUGGAAAGUUCACACAUUGUCAUUGCCAUUUUCGGCGAUUUAAUUAUAAUCCUAUUAGAAUUUCGCAAUCUUUUAAAUCGCUACAUCCUGGAAGACGCUUAAGAAAACUGUCACUAUGUGAAUAGGGUGGUGGUUGGGGGGGGGGGCGUGAAUAGGGUGGUGUCAAUCUUUUAAAUCGCUACAUCCUGGAAGACGCUUAAGAAAACUGUCACUAUGUGAAUAGGGUGGUGGUUGGGGGGGGGGGGCGUGAAUAGGGUGGUGGUGGUGGUGGGGGGGAUGCUUGUGGAGACUCAGCUCCCUCCGCUCUACGUCCGAACAGACUGCACCCGGAGCCCGUUUUGUGUGGCAGUGAAGAUGUCAGGUCGCCAGCCAGUCGUGUUCAUUGCGUUCUUGGAAUAAAGACUGAGGAGUUGACCUAUUAGAUCAGUGGUUCUCGACCUGUGGGUCCAACCACCCAUACACAGGGGGUCGCCUGCGACCAUCGGAAAACACAUCUUUAUGAGGCAGCAACGAUGAUAAUUUUAUAGUUGGAGGUCACUACAACAGGAGGAACUGUAUUAAAGGGUCGGGGUAUUGGGAAGGUUGAUAACCACUGUAUUAGAUGAGAUAUUUUUUAAAAGUUAUAUAAUUCAGACACGGCUCAUACUCAUAAAAUGACUUCUGUAAGACGGCUGUAAAAUUAAGAAUACUAAUUGGAGGACUGCGUUCAAACCGUGUGAAGGAAAUAGAACAAGGAAUGUGGAAGCUUGAAUCGAAAGAAAUGACAAUAAGAAAAUAACUUCCGACAAUAACAGUGGCGAACCUUAAGUUUUUUUUUUUUUUUUUUUUUUUUUUUUUUAAACUUUUUUCUUUUUUUUUCAGUAGAUGUUGAGAUGAGAUGAUUCAGUAGAUGUUGAGAUGACAUGAUUCAAUAGAUGUUGAGAUGAGAUGAAUAUUCAUUUAUUCCUGUCUGCGCAGGAAGGCUCUUAGCCGAAACGUUCUUCUCUUAUUGCUCUCUUAUUGUCCUCUUAUUGUCCUGUCUUUCGUUUCAAGCGUCCACAUAUCCUGUUCAGUGAAUUUCUGCACCGGAAUGUAUGAUAUAGUAAAGAAUUGAAUCUGCUUUCAAACUCAUGAUACAACGCAUGCAUCAAUCUAAAAUUUAACACUUAAUUCAAGAAGCGAUUAAAAAUAUUUGCAUGCACAUAAAUUUAUGUUUUUUAAAAAAAUAUUCCGAAUAGACCUAGUCUAAAAAUGAAAAGAUUUGUCUGAAGUAACAAAAUAGAAAUUAUUUCUAGGUUUACAAUUAAACCCCAGAAACAAUUCCAAUUUAAAUGCUAUUCUAUAACCACAGACUAUCUGGGUGACUUUUGUUCUCUCACACUGGACAUGGAGCAGGCCAGGAUCUCUGCCGGGCGGCUGCUCCUCCGCAGACCUGGUCAGCAGAUGAACAGUCUGAAUUGUGACGUCAUCAUCAGGGCGCCCGCCAACAAGAAAAUCACCUUCAGAUUCCACAGGUUUGACGUGCACCCGGGACAGGGAUGCUUCAGUAACUACAUUCGGCUGUUUGAUGACGCAACAUUCAAAAUACCACUCACAGGUAAACGAAACCCAAAUCAGGUAACAAUUUCGCUCACAGGAACAAUACCACUUACUGGUAACAACACAGGUAGAAGGAAGUAGGUAAAAUGAGGUAAGAGAAAACUCGAAAAAGGGACGCAACAUAAAUAACAAAAGUGUCGACAAGAAGCCUUCGUCUGCAAACAGUUCAAAUGGUAAAAAAUAAAGAAAUAAAAAACUUAGAUGAAAUAUUGUAUCCGAAAGUAGUCAAACCUUAGUAGGUUAGAGAGUUAAUAUAGGCAAAUGGGGAAGGAAGAGAGGAAGCGGGAGUGCACGGUGAUUGGCUGUGAAAAGGAAGGGGCGGAGAAACGACGUAACAGGUGAAGGAGAACGCUAUGUUAAUGCCGAAUCCUUUAUCUGUUUGUAGAUCAGCUGUGCAACGACGCUGUUCCCAAGAAGGCGUACAAGUCAACGACGGAGCUAGCCGGGAUCAAGGUCGACAAAGAGCUCUUUGUUCGUGACCAGAUAGAAUUGCUGUUCACCGCUUUUACGUACGGUGAGUCACUUGGUCUUGUCUGUGCGUCUCUUUAUAUUUACUUUUUACCAGUGUUUAGAAGAAAAAAAAUCAUUUCACAAAUGAAUAUCAGAUUCGUUAAAAUCAAAGGAAUACAAACUGCUGAUUUUAUCAGAGAAACUUUAACUUCUAAAUGGUUCUGAGAAAUCCAACCUUUAUUGUAAUAAUUUUUUUUUUACUGCCAGCUCCCUGCACCGGAAGUGAAUACAGCUGCAAGAACGGACACUGCAUAGCCGGCGAACUCUACUGCAACGGCUUUGACAAUUGUGGGGACAGUUCGGACAUCUGCAUUCUGAGAGCGGGGACAGUACUGGCCAUCAUCAUAGGUGUCAGUGUCGUGGUGGCGCUGUUGGGGAUCGGUCUGGGCGUGUACUUGUUCAGGCGACAGAGGAGAAUUCGACGAGAAAGGGUUUCUGGCUGAAGCUAUGCACGCGGCCACCAUUGUAACUUUAUAUUCAUUCAUUUCGAAAGCUUUGUAUAGAAAAAACAAUUAUUUUAAUUGAAAUGUAUUCAAGUCCACGUUUGAUAAAGACAUUUUAUUUAUUUAGUCAAUUUAGUUUGGGUUGAAAUAUUCCACAAAAAAUAUAUCGUACAAAUGUUGCUAGUUGGAUAUCAAUGGCAACGUCAUCAUCAGUGGCGCUACAGCCCAUGUAGGGCCCUGGCCUGCUCCAACCCAUCCUUCCGUUUGGCUGAUCCAUGGCUGUCCGCCUCCGUGCGCGAACCCCCAACUGGUUUACGUCCUUCUCUGCAUCGUCAAUCCACAUACCAUAACAAGUCUAACAAUUUGAUAACGUUAUUUUUCUGAAUAUAAGGGAUUAUUUUGAACAUAUAUAUAUAAACAAGUGAAGACGUUAGACGACAGAAAUAUUUUAUAAAAUGUUCAUGCACAGUGAACAAAAUUAUAACGGUCAUUUUUCGUUGGACCUGUGAUGAGAAAAAAAUGAAGUUUCAGUUGACCCCCAGGCAGUUUCAAGUUUGUAUUUUAUAUGAAGUCAUUUUAUAUAGUCAUUGUAGUAUAUCAUAUUGAAUGUCGCAAUGAAACAUUAAAAAUUAAUAUGGGGAAGACCUAAUCUUUAAGAAAUCUG